CCAAAAUUAAAUUAAUUAUGCAGUCUCUAAAAUUUGAAAGAGACGUGAGUGGAAUACGAUGUCGAGUCUUCGCAAUGACCAUAAUUAUUCGUAGCCGCAAUGUAAGUCAUGGUCGCUGAUCGGCAGCUAUAGAUACAAUUCACAGUUAGACGUGCUAUAAGCACAUCAAUUUAAAUAGUCGAAAGCAAACGUCGAACAGAUUUUAGCCCUAUGCCUAGUAGGACUGACUUCUAUGCCAACAAUAAAGCCAAAAAUCAUAUAUAGAACAUUUUAUAUAAACCCUUUUUUGUAGAUUAUAUAUCGUGGGAUCGCAAUGCUUUAUACCGACAAUUGCUGCUGUUGCGUCCAACUGAGAUGUGGCUGCAUUCUAAUUGCUAUAUUCGAGGUGAUACUGCGCGGCAUAGAUCAAUUUCUUUUGGGCCCCAACUCUAUAUUGGGCUACACUGAAUUAGUCGUAAGCGGGCUCUAUCUGAUAUCCUGCGUAGUUCUCUUGAUUGGAGCGCUCCUAGGCACACGCUAUCUCCUCUUGCCAUAUAUAUUCGUUGCCGUGGUACAUGUCAUCGUUUUAAUAUGGGAAUGCGCUUAUGUCAUGUUGGUGGACGACUUCUACGAUUUCAUAGUAUUUGAUAUAUUUCAAGCGGUACUCAGCUUGUACUUUUGCCUGGUUGUCUACUCAUAUUACGAUACUAUAUAA